AUGUCUCUCUUCACCGCAACGCUGCACCCUGGCGUGGGCUUGGGCUUUCUCAUCCUGGGCGCCUCUCUCCACGACAUCCUCACGCGCCUCAAGGCCGAGCCCCAACGCUUCCCGAAGCUCGAUCUCGUAUACGAACCCUCUCAGCCCGUCCUCGAACCUGUCAUCCUCAACCUGCCCGCAAACGGCAUCCGCCUCCGCUUCGAUGGCCCGGAGCAGCGCCUCCGCCUCGUCGAGGUGCUCGACUUCACAAAGAGCAGAAUCUCGUACCAGGAUAAAGACCUUGUCAAGCCUGCCACCUCGUCCUCGAGCGGCGUCGCCUCUCCGCUGCCCGGCGGUGGAGACAGCUCUGCUGGCGCCGGCCCGGCAUUCAAGAACGUCUAUCACCGGCUCUUUGGGCCCACGUAUGCGGGCGAGUACAUCCCGCCCGCGGCCGACGACCAGAGCGGCGUCGGCACAUACAUACUCUCAUAUCCCGGAGUUGCCUUCAGCUUCCCUCUUUUGCAGUCGGCCUACUCCCCGGACAAGGAUGUCGUCAACCUGCUCUCGUCGUCGGCAAGCCAGACAGCCACUUCCGUCGCGAUUUUCAGCGGCAAGUCGUGGGCGCACGCGCGCGACACGUUGUGGACCGAGGUACUGCCGAGCAUAAAGUCGACCUUUCUCUUCAAUAAAAGCAAGGAGGUUGUUCCCGAUGAGGUGUCGUGCGUGCAUAUUCACGGUGGAGGAAAGCUGCAGCUCUUUAGAAAGUGGACAAGUGUGGCCAUGUGGAUCACUCUGGGAGAGACGACACCACAGGACCUCGUUGCGGAACUCGGGCCGCCGGAUGCCAUAUAUCGCAAGAAUGAUCAGCGGAUGUACAUCCACCAGACGAGGACUGCAAGCCACAGCAGGUCACGGUCCGGUGGAGACUACAAGCGACCGGACGACCUCCUCGAUACCGACCAGUCUUCCGGCGUCACCGGAUCAGACGACUCCGGCGACGAAGCUGUCGACGACGACUUUUCAGGCAACGUGUCGGGCGAAUGCUUCUACAAUUACUUCUACCUGGGCUUCGACGUUCUCAUCUCUUUGCCCACAACCCCUUCGAGGACACCGCCGUCAGUACAGCAGGCCGCGGCCAACGGAUUCCAGGUGUUUCCCGAAAAGGAGAUCAAGCCAGUCACUACAGACCGUCUUGUAGCCACAAAAGUAAUUCUGCACGGAAACGUGCCAGGAUCUUACCCGUUCAAUCGCCAUCGCCGUUGCCGGUGGGAAAUUCCCUACCUCACAUUGUCCCCAGGGCUGGAUGCGGGUGCUAUCGCCAACUCGGAGACCCAGUUCAGCGACAUUGAGGGACAACUGCGGGAGGAGUGGAAAUCGACCUAUCCGUCUGAAGCUGAUGCAAGACAGCGACAGCGCGGCAUGGUGCUCAACCGCGGAUGGGGCGACAGCCCCGGCAGCAGCUGCGAGUUCCUCGGUGGCUGGGAAGACAGCAGUGGCGGGGUUGCAGCUCGCAAGUUCGACGGGGGCAACGAGGACUCGACCACGACGCUGUACGGGUUCCCUGGCCUCGUGUUCGAGGUGUUGAGGAAUGGCUUCGUCAGUGCCGUGACCGUGUACUAA